AAAAUUCAUAAAAAACCCACUUUUUUCGGAGCUCACUCCAAAAAUAAAAAUCACCCUUUUCACAUUCAUUUCACAUUUCACAUUUCACACAAGGAAAAUUAUUCAAUACUGUACCUUUUUUUCUUCUUCUUAUUUACUGGCGUUAAAGAUACGCACAGAGGAAAGAGAAAAAGGGUUUUGCCUUUUACCCUUUAUUGGAUUUGGAUUGUGUUAUUAGUUUAAUGGUGGAUGAGUUGGUGAAGCGUGGCGUUUCAAAUUUGUUUUCUUUUUCCUAAGUAGGGUCAUUUUUGUCGUCCUUUUUUGUUUCGAGUUGUUGACGUUUUCUUCUAAAACAAGACUUCAUUGGUUUAUAACAAGUCUCGAAAUUGGGACUUGUUUUCUUAGUUUUCUGUGAAAACAGAGAUGGGUUCCUAUGGAAAUCUUGCGAGGAGGGCUGUGGAUACUGAGAUGCCGAUUAUGGUUAAGAUGCAGGAAUUGCUUCGAGGUGCUAAGAAUGCUGUGUCUUUAGCUCAGGGGGUGGUUUAUUGGCAACCACCAAAGGAAGCAUUGGAUAAGGUGAAAGAACUUGUGUAUGAGCCUUCUAUUAGCCGUUACGGCAACGAUGAAGGUAUUCCUGAACUCAGAGCAGCAUUAGUGAAAAAGUUGAGUAAUGAAAAUAAUCUGCACAAAUCCUCAGUAAUGGUUACAGCAGGUGCCAAUCAGGCAUUCGUGAAUCUAGUUCUUACUCUGUGUGACGCGGGAGACUCCGUGGUUAUGUUUGCUCCUUACUACUUCAAUUCAUACAUGGCCUUCCAGAUGACUGGCAUUACCGACAUACUAGUCGGUCCUGGUAACCCGGAAACACUUCAUCCUGAUGUAGACUGGUUGGAGAAAGUGUUAUCGGAACGUAAACCUGUCCCGAAGCUAGUUAGUAUUGUAAAUCCUGGCAAUCCAUCUGGAACCUACAUUCCCGAGUCUCUUCUGAAGCGGAUUGCAAAUCUCUGCGAGAAAGCUGGAUCUUGGCUUGUUGUGGACAAUACAUAUGAGUACUUUAUGUUCGACGAUCUGAAACACUCUUGUGUGGAAGGAAAUCAUGUUGUGAACAUUUUCUCUUUCUCGAAAGCUUAUGGAAUGAUGGGAUGGCGAAUUGGAUAUAUAGCAUACCCUUCUGAGGUAGAAGGACUUGCUACGCAGCUGCUUAAAGUCCAAGACAACAUUCCAAUCUGUGCUUCAAUAAUUUCACAACACCUUGCUCUAUACUCCUUAGAAUUGGGACCCGAGUGGGUUACCGAACGAGUAAAAACACUCGCAAAGAACCGACAUAUUGUCCUAGAGGCUCUUUCCUCUCUUGGAGAAGGUUCUAUCAAAGGAGGAGAAGGAGCUAUUUAUCUCUGGGUGAAGAUCCCUAGCGGACACGGUUACGAUGAUUUUGAAGUUGUUCACUGGCUAGCGAAUAGGCACGGGAUUGCUGUUAUCCCUGGAAGCGCGUGCGGUGCUUCGGGCAAUCUAAGAAUUUCGUUCGGAGGAUUGACGGAGAAUGACUGUAGAGCAGCUGCAGAAAGGCUUAAGAAAGGUUUGGAAGAACUGGCUGCGCACGGUUUGGUACAUGACUAGUAGCGAAAUAGUUUCGCCUCGAAAGAAAUUUAUAGAAAGAAAGUCUAUUUGCCAGUGGAGAAAAAUUUGCAGCUGGUGCAUUUGAAUAACUGUUAGAUUGAUUUUCAACCUUGUAUACUUGCAAGGUUUAAUAAUUUUCAUCUUGAAAAGUAGAGAAAUGCAUCAUAAACUUUUUUUCAUAUCAAUUGAUUUCUAUAAGUUUCAUGUCA